UUACUCUGCUCUCUACUUACAACAUCCUGUAGUCUAUGUUAUAUCUAACAGUGUAUUCUAGGUACAGUGAUCAACCACCACAUUUCCGCUUAUCGCAAUGCUAUGUGAGGUUUACGUUAUAUCUAACGGUGUAUUCUACUAGGUCCUACAAGCGCGCGUCACUUUCUUAGACGCCGUGCUUUCUUCGUGUGGGCAGAUAUAAGGCGAGCUCUUAAUCAUGCGGUCCCGUUUGGAGAGAUGUUUUAUCAUACCCUUGCAUUGCUCCUGACUUCCUUCAGCGUCGCCUUUUACCUGCGGGUCAAACGACCUAUUCAGCAUUCCACUAUACCAUCCAUACACUCUCUGUUGAAGCCCCCUAAUGUACCUUUGGGUUCACUGUUGCACGCUCGAGCCAGCCCCAACCAGCGCCUUGUCAGAGCGUUCGCCCUCACCAACACUUUCGUCAAGGAAGACGAAUUUUCUCAUACGCAAUUCCGAAAGGGGGCUCAAGGUCUUCUUGCCAAGGCUAACGACUGGCAUCGUUUCAAACGAAUUGCAGAUCACGCAGUCCUGUCGUCUCUCCCGUCUACAUCUACUGUCGCUCGUGUUGACACAUUCGUACAGGCAGUGACGUUGCGGGUCAUCCUAGUAGGUUUGCUGGGCACUGAAGACUCGGAGGACGCCACUUUGCCUUCAUCUUCCAUCGAGACCGUCUCGUCUUUGAUCACAAAGCUAUGGGCGCUAUCCAAACACCCUGAGCCUAUUGAUCCUACCCUCCUCCCCCUUCUAAACCAACAUCUACGUACACUAGUACCAGAUACCAACGCUUAUCCCAACCCCCUCGAUUUCGUUAUACCUGCCUGGGAAACGAUGUGGCGAGUCGUCGCCACUACGUUUGCACAUGUUUACAAGAAUGAUCGAUUUAGACGCACGCUUGAGGAGCUACAUGCGAACCCCAGUAUACCCCAGUUCCGCUUGCAUGACCGUGACGCAAGUGCGGAGGAUAUCAUCAUCGAAGCGAUGCGACUACAUCCCCCAUCCAAACACAUCUCACGUUUGAUUUCGUUUCUGCCCUCAUUCUUACCACGCUGGCGCUCCUUUGAGACGCUUCACGUCGCGGACAUUUUGGCAGCGCAUUUCUCUCCGGCCAUUUGGGGACCUUCUGUUGAGACGUUUGAUCCUUCCCGCCAUACAACGCGUACGCCUAAGCGGGAAGAAGGGUUCCUGGCCUUUGGCUAUGGACGGUUGCAGUGCGUGGCAAAGAAUUGGGCGCCGAUGGCUGCUGCCACUAUUCUUUCAUCCAUCCUUGCUGGCAUUGAUGGGAGUUACAGGGUGGAAGAAGGGGGAAGUAUCGGAGGACGAGAUGGGUGGGAAGGAUGGGAGAUCGGGGAGCUGAACACCGUUCCUUGCUAUGAUAGCUAAAUCAAGUUUCAAUUGUUUGUUGUUGUACUCAAGCUUUUCUAUAUUAUCUUAGGAACUUGGCCCCUGGCUUCGCUGGUUAAUUAUUUGUAACCCCAUGUACCAUCCUUUUCGAAAUACUAAAUGAAUAAAACGAACUUUGCAACCUCUGGUGCAUUGGAGCCCUA